AAAUAAAUAAAUGUGCCCCCUUUCGCCGAACUCUGCCCUUUCGCACUUUACUCUUUCUCACCCAUUUUCAAACCGUUGGCAGUCCCGUGCCAAAUGGGAAAGCGUAUAUAACAAAUUAACUGGUUGGCUUGCGACCGCCACAACCCAUACGCCAGACCGGUCAGCAAUAAAACAAACAAAAACACAGAUGUGUGUAUCUCCUACGCCUCAAAGAUCACGCGCAGGGGGGCACCAAUGAUGCCGGAUGAUAGGUGGACGUCAUAAUUUUCAAGCGGAUUUCCGUCGCAAUGUUGUCGAUGACCACAGGGGAACGGGGAGGGUAAUGGUAACAAACAACGCACACACACACACACACACACAAAGAACCUGGGCGGCGGGGGCAUUUAAUUUUAGCCAAAUUGCACGCGACACCGUGUCCACGAGAGCGUCCACUGAGCGGCGAUGGUGUUCUCGUUCGAAGAUGUGGGAUUAUGGAUUGAAGGCGAUCCGAGCCGUUGUAUGUUUACCAACGCUGACAACACCGCGUUCAAAUGCUAUUAAAGUUCGGUUUAUCAACACCACUGGGGAGGACGCAGGAGAGGAACGUUGGCCACCGAGAAACCGACCUCGAACUAGAGUAAGAAAACAGACAUAAAAACCUUGCUGCUGCUGCUGCUGCUACCCGCCUGACACGGAUGGUUGAGAACAUCACCGUACCAAGACGCGGCCAGACAGCUGGCGUUACCAUGUCUGCCCCGCAGUAGUAGAGACGUCGUUGUCUCGCGAGAUUGUAGCAAUAGCAACAAAAAAAGACCCCGUGCUCUCUCACAUAUGGACUUGCUGCGCGCACGGUAGGACCUCGCGCAGCCAACGCACGUAAGCGCGCGAGUUUUCCGCAAGCACGGAGCAUCGAAAUAUCGGCGAAAGAAAACGCGCGCGCCAGUAAACGGUAGUUUGUUGUGUCCGUGCCACAGCAACGGCCGGGGGUUUACACGUUAGUAGUGGAACGCCGCAUAGUGGCCUAGUGCAACAAGUGGCAACGCAAAGUUUCGUGCAAACGGCUGGAGGAGGGUGGUGGAAACAUCGUAUCGAUUAAACAAUCGUCCUCCUUAGCAAGUAAUUCUGCAAACCCCGGGAGUUCUCCAGUCUGUUGCUCCUGGAUGCGCCGGAUUGUUUAGUGCGUCGGAACGCUUCGAACGGACAACAGGGACACAACUUUCUCAGUGAAAAAAAGAAGAAAAGUGGGAUCAAGUUAAAUUAUUCUUGCUGUUUAUCGUCCUCAUAACUAAGGCACAUAGGCCACCAUGAAGUAUCCCAACACGCUUGACCUCAACACGUACCGGGCGUACAUGUGUGCGAGGCACCUGAAUCGCGACAAAACCCGCCAGCUCGAUGCCAUCAACCUCGACUGGGACCUGAACGUGCCGGAACCGCUGAAGGUGCUCUGCCUCAAAGCGAUCGCCGACAACUGGAUGACGGUGCCGUACUUCCGGGAGCUACCGCUCUGCGAGGAUCGCCAGUAUCUGCUCGAUCUGCUCGAUCUGAACUUUCCGCUCGAAACGCUGUGCGCGCGGGUCCGCAGCGAUGCCUUCUGGAAGCGAGCCUUUCACCACCGGUGGCGCACGUUCGUACCGAUAGAGGUCGGCUCGAAGCCGUGGAUACGGAUCUACCUCGAGCAGCAUCUGGCCGAGCUGGUGGAGCACCUGAAGCCGAACGAGUACGACCAGGAGAGCGUGAAGCGGAUCGUCGAUCUGUGUUCGCCGUUCGUGCGCGAGCUGCGGCUCGAGCGGCUGCAACCGUCGCUGUCCGACAACAGUGACCACGUGCCGCUGGACGCCGUGCUGGCGAACUUGCGGCGACUGCAGCGCAUCAGCGUAACGUACGACGUGAAGGAUGUGGGGCACAAUUUCUUCCUCGGCUGCGCCACGAUCACCGAGAUGGACGUGAAGCUGAUGACGCAGGGCUUGGAACGGUGCGGCGAGCUGACGGAGUUCCGCCUGCACAGCAGCAAGCUCGAGCCGACGAUGAUGAAGCGCAUCAGUGCGGCCCUCGGGAAGGGCUGUCCGCAGCUGCGUACGAUCGCGUUUCCGCACUGCCGCUGCGGGGACAUCGGGCUGCGCGCGUUCUGUGAUUCGAUCAAGCCGCACUCGUUCCCGAACAUACGGGAAGUCGUAUUGACCAACAACUUCUUAUCUCCAGAAAGCGUCCAGGAGCUAACCUGGCGUCUUCGGCAUCGUCGCAUCGAAAAGCUUGAUCUGAGACUCAAUCCAAUCCUUACCGAGGGUGCUAUGUUCAUCAUAACAAGUGUGUUCUACAUGCCACUGCAGGAACUCAACCUCAGCUGCUGUUCGAUAGAUGAACAGAUCGAGGAGUAUCUGUUGAUGCUGAUCCGCUUCAACGACACGAUCAAGCGGCUCGACAUCUCCUCGAACCGUCUGUCGCCGGCCAUGGGGGAACGGUUGCUGCAGCGCGUUUACGAAAAUAAAACACUCCAGCAGCUCGAUUUGCGCAACACGGACAUCUCGUACGAUGUGCGGGCGAUCAUCGAUGAGGUAAUACUGGAAAAUCGCGACCCGCACAGUUUGCACACGUGGUAAACCGGGUGCGAAGGUCUGUUGGAGUGUGGAUUUGAUAGAUGAGCGCGUUAGGUGUUGUGGUUGGAUGUUUUUUGCGGAAUUUAUACAGGAACUUAUUAUCACCAAGGAUGAUAAGAUGUAACUGCAACUAUCGUAUUCUAGUUUUGCGACUUACUCAAACACUAAUCCUAUAUGCUGACCAGAAUAAGAUAAUUGUACAUUUAUGUUUGUAAAAUAGUGUCAAAACCAAUAAAGUUUUAACUUAAUUCA